AUGACUUCGCUCACUACACCAACUCCCGUGCCCAUCCCCGCUAACGGGGUCGACUAUCGUGGUAAAAUAGUCCUUGCGCCGAUGGUCCGGUCAGGAGAAUUACCUUCUCGCCUUACAGCCCUUAAAUAUGGUGCAGACCUGGUCUGGGGUCCCGAAACGAUUGAUCGCGCAAUCGUCGGCGCCACUCGCCGCGUGAACCCCCGCAACGGAUGCAUUGAAUAUACGAGGCUGCCCUCGAACGGUGGUCGCGCCGAAGCAGCAUCACAGGAAUCGGUUAUUUACCGCCUCGAUCCGGCGCGAGAGAAAGGGAAACUCAUCUUCCAACUCGGUACAGCCACUCCCGAGCUCGCUGUGGAAGCCGCCAAGAUGGUCGCUGGUGAUGUUGCUGGUGUCGACGUGAACUCAGGAUGUCCGAAACCAUUCAGUACAAGUGGCGGUAUGGGUGCGGCCUUAUUACGGACACCCGAUAAACUGGUUUCGAUUCUGGAGGCGCUUGUCCGCGAGGUUGGAAACCCCUACCAAAUCGGUAUCUCCGUGAAGAUCCGCAUCCUUGAGAAGCCGGAGAUUACGGAGGCGUUGGUCUCCAGGCUUGUCAAGACAGGCAUUACGGGCCUGACAGUCCAUUGUCGAACACCACCCAUGCGUCCACGCGAAAGGGCAAUCCGCGACCAGCUACGUAUGAUACGUGACAUCUGCCACAACGCAGGCGUCGCAUGCCUCAUGAAUGGCGAUGUGACCUCCCGUGACCAGGCGUUGGCUUUGAUGGAAGAAUUUGGCGUCGAUGGAGCAAUGAUUGCAACAUCCGCCGAGACUAAUCCUUCAUGUUUCCAAAGCGAAGCAGAUGGGGGUUUGCUUCCAUUCAGAGACGUCGUUCACGCUUACCUAAAGUUCUGUAUCGAGUCCGAGAAUCGCUUCGGCAACACCAAAUAUCUACUAAAUGUUAUGAUCCCGGGCAAGAACAAAGAGUUCAAGGACGCAAAGGGCUCCAAGAACUAUGCCGAUUUCUGCCACAUCCUGAGGUUCGACGACCUCAUGCCAGCUGCGCUCCAAGUCGAUGAGAUCCUAAACCUCAAGGGAAAAUCCGCUUUCUACAAGGAAGAGAUACGCAACAAGGCUGUCCAGAACGCCAUUGAGAACAACGAAACCGCUCGAGCAGCCGGUGGUGCUUUAAGGCCGAAAUCCGCGUCCCCUGCUACCAGCGGUUUGGGACCGAUUCGUACUAACUCCAUCCCUGCCCCUACGAAAUCGAAGCCUGAGAACAACGAGGCCAAUCUCGAAAUCCCUGAAACAGCUUCUCAGUCAUCCCAGAAACAGGAAGUCGCCGCAUGA